CUCACGAUGUCAGAACGGAUAUCACGUCUGAAGGCAAAAUUGCUUGGACGAUUAUCUCCAAAAGCGGAUGCGGACCCGAGUGCCCACCCAAAACCCUCGGGCCCUCUCGACUCCAACAAAUCUCCGUAUAGCAUAUCUUCAACCCAUUUGGAUGAGAUAUCUUCUCGCGACCGUCAGAUAGAACCCCUAUCCCCAGGGACGAACCAGGAAUUAGGUUCCUCCGUGUCUGCGCCUUCGGAACCUCACUACACAGGGACUCGCACUUGUACGCCGUCGACUGAGCCAUACAAUUCUUCCUUGCCGACUCCUAUCUCGGGCGACCCUCCUUCUCCGCUUGAAACCCCUCCGUUGCCGACUCCUCAGCAUUCCGAUAGCACCUCCUUCCAGUCCUCCCAAUUGAAAGUCCAAACGCCAAUCCCGGAGACUCAAUUAACUCCGACCCUAAAUACUGUCAUCGAGUGGCCUACGAAUGAUCGCGGGCCUUCUGCUUCCUACUUUCCUCCCUCGAGCAAGCGCCCGAGCCUUGCGAUCCGUCGUCAAUCUCUUCUCCCUGCAUCACACCAGCACUUGAUCAGUGGCCUAUUGGAGGCGAAUCUCUUCUCUUCAGAAGAGAGCAGCGGAUUCACUCCCCUCGUUCCUCGCGAGAUGGUCACACGUCGGAUCUGGGUCAAACGGCCAGGUGGCUCGGCCACCUUGGUGCCGUGCAGAGAGGAUGCAGUGGUAGAUGAGCUACGUGAUCAGGUCAUCAUGAAAUACGGAAAUUCAUUAGGGAGAAGCUUUGACUCGCCCGAUAUCGUUAUCCGGAUUUCACCACGGGAGACUACCAAUCGAUCAGGUCACCCCGAGCGCAUCUUGAGCCCGGAAGAAGUCCUAUCAGCUAUACUCGAUUCAUACUACCCCGGCGGACAAAAAAUCGAGGAAGCCUUGGUGAUCGAUGCCCCGUCACGCCGAACACCAAAGCCAUCGCCGCGCCAUUCGAUCUACCAGCACCACCACUCGGAACCGGGCGAGCAUGGUGAUUACUUCCCUCUCAUGCCGCCGGUCAAUGCGACCGCGGGCACACCUUCUGCACACUCGGGAGCUGCAUCAGCGGUUAGUGCGCCGUCAAUUUCUAUUCUCAACACUGGCGUUGCUCCUUUGCUGCCAUCUCCGGGAAGCCGUAGGGCACGACAUCAGCAACGCCCUCCGUUAACACGACACAAAACAAAUUCUCCCACAAUUCUCCAUAACCAGACCCCUGGCAUAAUAGAAACUGGCGCUACUCCUCAUUCCCAACCUAUGCCGGCUGCCGUUCCUGCAAUGCCAACACCCCCGGCGGCAGCACCACCGGUAGAAUCCCCGCAGGCGAAAUCACACACUCCUCCAGCAACUGCAUCACCACGCGUGGUCCGAAAAUCAAAAGUGGCCACUUCUCCUGGUGCCAUGUUUGGCGGGUUGAUUGACGGAACCGUUCCGCCAAUCAAUGUCCUCAUCGUGGAAGAUAACAUCAUCAACCAGAAGCUUCUAGAGGCCUUCAUGAAGAGGUUGAAAGUGCGCUGGAAAUGCGCAAUGAAUGGCGAAGAAGCAGUCCGGAAAUGGCGACAAGGUGGAUUCCAUUUGGUUCUGAUGGACAUCCAGCUUCCCGUGAUGAACGGUCUGGAAGCCACCAAGGAGAUCCGGCGCCUGGAGCGCUUAAAUGGCAUUGGUGUCUUCCCCAAAACAGCCUCUGGACGUUUCAGCGCGUCCAAUACAUCUGCUGCGGACAGAAGACCCGGCCUUCAGCGUACGGUCAGUGAAGAGGAUACUUUAUCAGAUCUCUCGUUGUUCCGGAGUCCGGUCAUUAUCGUCGCGUUGACAGCUAGCAGUCUGCAAAGUGACCGACAUGAGGCAUUGGCUGCUGGCUGUAACGAUUUCUUGACCAAGCCGGUCGGAUUCCCUUGGCUUGAACAGAAAGUGACAGAAUGGGGCUGUAUGCAGGCCCUGAUUGACUUUGAAGGCUGGCGCAAAUGGCGCGGAUUCAUCGACUCUCCUCGCUCCUCCUCGCCAGUUGUUGAUACAUCAGCUAGCCCGAUGCAAGGUGGCUACCGCAAAGAACCACCAAAAGUGGAUCCUCCAUCACCCUCGACUUCUCGCACCGCUAAUAAAUCUGAUCACCUCGAGUCCAAGUCAAACCUGCCAGAUGCCGCACCAAUCAUGCGGGAAGAUUCAUGGGGUAGCGGUAGUCCCGACACGCUAGAUUCGCCAUUGAGUCCGCAUUUGGGAACAUCGGGAGAUGCCGCGACAACCACUGAUGCGACGGCUGCGCCUCUGGAUAAAGAAUGA